AUGAUAAGCAUUCAACCCCAGGAAAAGAUAUACCGCGCUGCUGCGGACAGACUGAAUGUCCAUAUUGUCGGAGCUGGGCUAGGAGGACUUGGAGCAGCCAUUGCCAUCCUACUCGCCGGCCACAAUGUGACGGUGCUCGAAGCAGCCUCGGCUAUCGGCGAGGUCGGCGCAGGAAUCCAAGUCCUCCCCAAUGCCGCCCGGGUUCUCCAGUCAUGGGGCGUCGAGAAAGCGCUGGAAAAGUUGGCGACAAAGCCUCGCAAGUGCAACUUCCUAGGCUGGAAGGGAAAUUUGCUCGGCGAGAUGGACUACCACGACUACUCCGCCGCGGCCGGCGGAUAUCCGUUCUGGGAUUUCCACAGGGCAAACCUGCACAAGGUUCUCCUCGACCGUGCCAAGGAGCUCGGUGCCAAGAUUGUCACGGGUGCCAGGGUCAAUGACUAUUCAGUAUCAGCCGACGGCUUGCUAUGUUCCCUGAUCAUGGCUGACGGCUCCAGGAUCGACUCGGACCUCGUCGUCGGCGCAGACGGUAUCAACUCGACGCUGCGGGAGAGACUCCUCGAGAAGCCCGACCCCCCGCAGUUGACAGGGGACUUGGCCUACAGGCUCCUCCUCCCUGCAUCGGAGAUGCUCAAGGACCCGGAUCUUCGGCCCUUCAUCGAAGAUCCCCAGGUCAACUACUGGGUCGGCCCGGACAAGCACGCCGUCAACUACGUUCUCAAGGGUGGCGAGCUGUUCAACAUGGUGCUUCUCGUGCCGGACGACAUGCCCGCCGAUGGGGGCAACACGCUCGCUGGCGACAUCGAAGAGAUGCGAAACCACUUUGCCGACUGGGAUCCCCGUCUGGGCAAGAUGAUGCAGAUGUGCGACUCGGUCCUGAAAUGGCGGUUGUGCAUCCGCCCCGGCCUCGAUCCGACGUGGUCCCACCCGUCCGGGUCAUUGACCAUGCUCGGGGAUGCCGUCCACGCCACCCUCCCAUACCUUGCCAGCGGGGCCGGCAUGGCCCUCGAGGACGCAGGCGUUCUCGGCAUAUGCCUUGCCAAGGUGAACAAGGGCUCUGUGCCCAGCAAGAAGCUGGCGCUCGAGGUGUAUGAGGCUAGCCGCAGGGAGCGCACGGAAAAGGUGGUGCAGCGUGGCACGUACAACCAGUGGAUUUACCAUCUCCACGAUGGCCCGGAGCAGGUGGAGCGUGAUGAGCGGUUCAAGAAGUACAACGAGUCUGAUAGAGUUUGGCUUUCGCAGGAGAAUGCGACGCUCCCCAAGUCCCCCGAGACAGGCGACGAUCCGUUCCCCUGGAGGUACAACGGUGUCGGAAGGUGGCUUUUGACAUACGACAUGUGGGAAGAUGUGGCAGCAAAAUGGACCUCUGUGGCUAGCAAGCAGAAGGAUGGCCAGAAUGUCAUCACUGAGCGAGCUAGUCUCUAG